AUGGCACAAGCUCCUCCUUACCCGUUGUCACUCAUCGCCUGCUCCCGGCAUAGCAUCCUUGUCGUCCUGCUCCCUAGUCAAGUUGUCCCAAUGCAAGGUUGUUCCUCCCAAUGUGCGUUGUCUGGACCAUUCCCAUGUAGGAACUUCUCCUGGCCGUAUAUAUAUAGAGGCGACCCAGCCUCGCUGCCCGUUGGCAACUAUGUGCUUUUGCCGCCUCUCUCGUUCUCUACCGCACCCACUUUCACUUACUAG